AUGUAUUUAUAUAUGACGAGCUACUAUACCUUUGAACGAUAUUUAAUUCGAAAUAAUUGUUCAAUAUAUGAAUGUAAUCCAUGUGUAUAUGGUCAACCACUUAGUAAUAUAUCCUGUGGUCAUGGUGAACGAAAAUGUUUAGCAGCUGGUGGUAUAUGUAAAACUCAUUCAUGGUAUGAUAAACCUUAUUGUUGUUCAAAUGAACAUAAUGGAUGUUGUCCAGCAAUGCCUGUUGAUAAAAUUCCUCCUCGAGAUCCAAAUAUUUUAUUUCCAUGUCUUCGAAGAUGUUCUUCAGAUGGUGAUUGUCAACCAGGUUACAAAUGUUGUGGAACAUGUUCAUCAAGAUGUCUCGAAGCUUUUAUUCUUUAA